AAAAGGAAAAAUGGAGGCCAAGCACUUGGCAACAUGACGCUAAGGAAUUUCAUUUAGAGUAUUUGUUUUCUAAUAUUGACCAUGUCAGCAAUCGAACCAUCAUCCCGUGUUGGAGUGACACUCGACCUCAUCCUCAAAACCCUCAUUGCAUCAUCAGACUUCAAUGACCUGCAAGCUAAAAACUGGGAGGCAAUUGCUCGUCUCAUCCCUGGAACAUCAGCAACACAGUGUUCUAGAAGGUACCAGGAGCUGCUAAGCAGUGGAACUGGUCUGUCAUAUGCCCAGUUUGGGAAGAACUUCCCACUACAGACGUCUAGUAGCACCAGCCAGGUGAAUCCUACCGAGACAGAUAAUACUAGCAAGACAACUAGUUCCACAUCCAGCAGACCUGGCUCAGAUCGACAGAAAGGCGUGAAAGAAGAACGGGGGAAAUGCAGAGGUCAAAGGUGCUCCCCAGAACUCUGACCAUGGAGAACAUGGACCAAUCAUGGUGAUACACGUCUGUGAUGAGGCCAAGAGUUUGAAGAAGGACUUCAACUGUCCCCGAGACCUGCUGGUGAAGGAGAUGAAGUACUUCGCGGAGUACCUGUCGACCGACGCCCAGCGCUGGGAGGAGGUGGACAUAUCCGUCCACUGUGAUGUGCAGAUCUUUGAUUGGCUCAUGAAAUAUGUGAAGAGGUCAACCAAAGAUGUCCCAGACAAACCAAGACUGGAACCAAACAAUGUGGUGUCCAUUCUCAUCUCAUCUGACUUUCUCAAAAUGGACAAUCUGGUUCAGGAAUGUAUCGAGUACUGCCACAAGCAGAUGACCUCCAUAGUAGCCACCAACUGUAACAUGAACUGCAUCAAUGACAAGCUCGUCACAAGAAUUGCAGACCUGUUCACACAUUCAGAGGCAGAUGAGAUAAAGGACAGGAAAGACAAAUUUAAGAGCAAGCUGUUCAGCAAGAAGUUGGAGAAGCUGUUUGAUGCAGAGAAUACAUCACCUGACUCUCCAGAGAGUGCGAUCUCUCUCUUCAAGUGCUCCAUUUGUAAACGCCACCUGACAGCAAAACUGGAGAAGAAGGUCAAAUGUGUAUCUAGCAGAAUGACCAUCAACAAGCGAGGUGGACUGACAUACUGUCACUUGAAAGACACCACCUUUGAUUUGAACGACUACCUGCUGGAACUCAAGUCCCAGAUGAAGUACUGGCGAGAUGUCUACUGGCGAGUGUGGGGGACCAUCAACUCGCUGGCCUGUAGUCGCUGUGGAGAGACAUUCCCGCUCACAGAGUUCGGACACUGUAAAUAUCACCCAGAAGCUCCCCGAUAUGAUAAUGAGGGGACAACAACGGGGCCGGCAACUUCGUCGUGUGUUGGGCUAUACCCCUGCUGUCAUCAGAAAACCAUGCGGUUUGAUCCUAUCCAACUCAAUAAGGGUUGUCGUGUAAAGGACCACAUCAUCAACCUGACCGAGACGACCCCUGGUGGUGGUGACCUUGACACAAACACCAAGUCUCCUCUACACAAGAUCUAUGAUGACCUCCUGGCUCAUCGAGAUGUGAUCUGCGUUCCCUAUCAGAGGUUGCCUGAGACAAGUGAAGCUGAGCUGAACAUAUUUGGCAAUGAGGUGUUUGCCAGUAGGUCAAGGUCAACGGGAGUGCAUAUAUCCAAGUUGUCCUCCUUAGGAGAAGAGGACAAGAAAGUAGAGCACCACCACCACCACCACCACCAAAGCAAGCCCCAGCCACGCCUACAAGCCCUCACUGUGGAGAGAGAAGUGUCCUUUGAGAUUGACGAGUUUGCCUUCGGUGAAAGCGAUGAUGAGAUUGGAGAUGAGGAGUCUCUCAAAGGUUCAGUCAAGAAACCAAGGGCUACCAGGAAAUCCCGAGUCACCAUCGACCCCCAGGCAAUCCUGCUGGACGCUCCAGGAUUUGAACAGACGAAGAAGUCAACAUGGGAUACGCAGAGGUCAAUGAGAUACAACCAGGAUGCACAGAGACAGGAAGACCAGAGAAGAAUGAAGGACAUUCGUCUAUACUUGACCAAACUGAGGCUGAAUGCAGACAGGAUUGAUAAGCCGAAAAAGGAGUUCUCUGGUGGAAUAUUCAGCAAACUGGAAGCCCAGUGGAAGAUGGCCAACACUACCCAGCCCAGCAAACAGCAGGGACAGAGUCAGGCCAGGCAUCGCAUGGGGUCAGGUCAGACGUACUACCAGCGCAGACAACAGUCAUUUACAAACAAAUCCUAGCUCGUUAAGGCCCAAACCCAGACUGGGACAAGUGAGAUCCUCCUUCUCCUGAUCCUUCUCGUCAUCUGCCAGCCCCAACUACAUGUUGGAGACAUUACAAUGUGAACACUGUCAGUACUUCACGGCUUUGUAUACUCGGAGCUCAGCUCACAAAUGGCUGCUUCUUUUUGAACAACGUUCAGCUGUCAGCACUACACAUUUUGUUUAUCUUGUUCAGACAGGGCUCCAGAUAACUUUUGGGGUGUGAGUGUACUUACACAUCAUAUUGCAAGUGGAGGUGUACUGAGAAUUUUGAAGGAGUCCUGACAUGUUUUUGUGUGAGCGA